GCUCGUGCGCUCUCCUGACUCUCUUUAGAAAUAUGUCGCCGUGCAAGUCGACGGCGUGCGUUGCACUGGCGGCGGUGAGCACUCUGAUUGCGGGCGUCUCCGAUGCGUUCGUAGUGCCGUCAGCUUCAGUGCUCGGCGCCUCGAGGUCCAACAGCCGAGCCCCGGGCAGCAGCAGCAGCAGCUCCCUGUCCAUGGGCGCCGACGGGGGCACCACCCGAGGGGACUUCGGGAAGCAGACGAUCGCCACGCUUCUCGCCGGGGUGACGGCCGCGGCCAACUUCGAGUCAGCGAACGCUGCCAACAAGCUCCAAGUCAGCUCCACGGCAUCGGGGUCUCGAGUCAACAAGGAUCCGAUCUCGUUGCUUCAGUGGGGCCUCCCGAUAGACUGCAAGCCGGCUCGGCAGCUGCAGGAGGUGGUGGAGGCGGCUAAGCUGGAUCUCUUCCAGAAGAACUGGUCCCGCGCCGUUUCCAACUGCUCCAAGGCAAAGUCUGCUAUGUCGGGCAACAAAGCGGCGAUCCUCAAAGCGGUGGGCUCGAGCAACGAGGCAGGGGCAACCAAGCUCAUGGCGGACAUCGACAUGGGUCUUGGCGCUCUGCAGAGGAUCGUCCAGGACGAUGGAGCUGGGGUAGUCUUGGAGAAGGCUAAGCUAGACGAGGCGUACCCGGUCCACGCAACCAUCGUCAGCAACGUGGGCAACCUGGAGGCCAUGAUGGUCCCCCCCGACUACACCAAGAAGCUCGAGGCUAACAUCCCGGGUGACUUCGACUCGCUGCCCCGCUUGCUUGGGAGGGCGUCGGUGGAGUUCGUCAUGGAGAAGCCGAAGGGAGAGAAGUUCGACGUUGCGGGAGUUCUUUACGACAAGGUCCGGCUGACCAUGGUCCUCGACGGAUUCACCGCACCAGUCACCGCGGGCACCAUCAUCGACCUGGUUCAAAGGGGAUACUACAAGAACAUGCCCAUCACACGGAGUGAUGGCUUCGUGGUGCAGACGGGUGACCCGGAUCCGGAGGGCAACGUGCACGACUUCUUCCCCCCGGGAUCGGACACGGCCCGAAAAAUCCCUCUGGAGAUCGCGGUCACUGAAGACAAACUCCCCAUGUACUCUGUCACCACGGAGGACGAUGGCAGGGGUUACGCCGCAACCAAGUUACCGUUCCAGGCGUACGGAGCGUUGGGCAUGGCACGCUCUGAAUUCGAGGCGGACUCGGCCUCUUGCCAGUUCUUCUGGCUGCUCUUCGACUCCGACCUUACACCAGCAGGCAAGAACCUUCUAGACGGGCGAUACGCGGAGUUCGGCUACACCGUGGACAACCAGGAGCUCUUGGCGGACGUGAAAGAGGGGGACAUCAUCAAGUCGGCCAAGGUCAUCUCCGGAAUGGAGAACUGGAAACAGUCUGCAUAAAUGGCAGCAGCCUAGUCAACGUCGCGACGUGAUGGGAACUUUCCUGUCCCUUGCGGUGGGUUCCACGUCUACAUUGGGAGGCCACCGACUCGGAUUCUUGGUCGGAUUACAUGGACAUCUGUACCACGCAUCAAAUGCAUCCACGUUGUCAAUCCUUGAUCCAAGGUAUUGUCGCGACAGAGCCAUGUAGCGAUGGUUGGAGCGUCAGCGCCUUGGAGCACGCAAAAAUCUCCUCUCCCGUCAACGGCACUCUUAAAAAUAGUACACCACAAAGGUCAUGGCGGCCGGCGUUCACGCGCGUCAGCAGCAACUCUGUAGGGAGUUCAUAGAAAAUUCGAGUGUGUAGAGGGCACCAACACACAUGGGAGUAAGGGAGUCCUGGACUCCUCGAGAACCGGGCAUUGGAUGGGUUCGCCGAGGGUUUAGUGUAUGGCAGCUUGACAUAGAAUUUCAAUCGCCGGCUCCUGGAUACCGUGACCGGCUCUCGGCCGCUACUUCGCCCAGCUUUCGGAGGGCGGAUAGGGGGGCGGGGGGCUGCGUUGGUCGCUAGCAGUCAGUCUUAAUUCAUCCGGGGGAAAGGGGUUGUGGUAGAGCUAUAGAAACGGCAGCCGGGCAAAUCUAAGUACAUCGUUUGUGAAGGACCUGGUUAGGGGAAAAAACGAUGCCUUCUCUCACGGUAGGUAUUUGACAAUCGAAAGCUAUCACUG